CUAUCUUUCCCAUUUUCAUCAGACGCUUUACCUCCAAACAUGAGUGAUUAAGAUAGGUAUAUGCUCAUUUAUACAAACUGUGUAUUCCUUGUGAAAUUUAGGAAUACUGUUUAAGAGACUAAUAAUAGAUUCUUGGAUACUUGGAAAAAUGGAGGAUACUAAUAAUAAAAUGAAAAUGAGCAUCGAAGAAAAUACAAGCAGCAGAAGUGACACCAGCAGUAGUGAUACCUUCCAGCCUCUUUCCAAGUCAGAAUCCCCAACAAUCUUUUCAGACCCGAAAAUGGCGGGAAUAUUUACAGGAGCAAUCCGUAAAAUGACCAGCGGAAGUAGCACCGGAAGUUCAGAGAACACACCCCUGCUGAAUGGAAGUCAAGAGGGUCCAUGUUACGCAUAUUCAUUCGUAAACAACAGUGGAGAACCGGGUGUGGAGGCAUCUCAGUCAUCCCUUCGCUCGAGUGACACCCAAAAUGAAGAAAAAAAGAAGCUGCCUUCUAUCCUCAAAAAUGCAAAACUGGUAGUUAUUAUGGCUGUGAUGAUUUUCUGUGUGGUAUCACUAUGCUUUUUCAAAGUUCAUGAAGGUACAUGGAAUACAGUUGCUUUUUACAGUGGCCAGCCGGCUUAUCUCAAUGUCACAGAACAGAUAACUUUUCCCAAAGAGAUUGUCCACUUGGUUGUCAAAGGGCCUUUUCUUCCAGGAGAAUAUUACAGUCUCACUCGAGAUUUUGUUCGCUUUCAGCUUUACAAGAUUUCUGAAAACGGAACGCGUGAAAGAAUAUCCAAAACUUGGACAGUUCUAUUGUCACCCGAAAGCCAUGAAAAUAACAUAGAUUCCAUUGCUGUGGCCCAUGAUUUCAACCUAGGACCUCAUGAUAAAGCUGAGAGCAAAACCUAUCAACUCGUCAUCAGCACCAAUAGGUAUGAUAACUAUGUUUCAAUGUCCGUUAAUCUGUCGGUACGUCCCAAACUUCCAAUCGGCCAAGUGAUCGUAGCUGUUUGCGUUCUUAUAGGUCUUUAUAUUCUCAUCAUAUUUGAGCUGGUGCAUCGAACUUUAGCAGCAAUGGUAGGAGCUACUACAGCAAUUUCUUGUCUAGCACUCUUUGGUGAACGACCAUCGUUAGACGAAGUUUUGAGCUGGGUAGACGUAGAGACACUGAGCCUUUUGUUUGGGAUGAUGGUUUUGGUGUCAAUUUUAUGCGAAACUGGGUUUUUUGACUAUGUAGCUGUCUUGACUUACAGAAUCGCUCGCGGUAAGGUAUGGCCUCUGAUUACAGGAUUAUGUCUAGUCACAGCAGUGUUAUCAGCCUUCUUAGAUAACGUUACAACGACUCUUCUGAUGUCUGCUGUAGCAAUUAGGUUAUGUGAAGCUAUGAAUAUCGACCCUAAACAUAUGCUAAUAAGUAUGGUUAUUUUCUCCAAUAUUGGAGGAACAGCGACACCUAUUGGAGAUCCUCCGAAUGUUAUAAUUAUUUCGAACAAGAAGAUCUCAGCUGCUGGUAUUGGCUUCAGCAGCUUUACAGUCCACAUGCUUCCAGCAGUUGUACUUUGUCUUGCGGCAACCUACAUACUUAUACGAAUCAUGUAUAGAGAUAUGUCCACUCUGAGGUUUAGUGAGCCCCCAGAGGUCGUAGAAUUGAAACAUGAAAUAGAAGUUUGGAAAAAGGCUUACAGCUCUUUAUCCGGGUAUUCAAGAGAUGAAGACACCGUGCGAGCCAUCUUGAGACGAAAAAUUACGGUACUUGAAACACUACUUAGGAAGAAACUCUAUGAUUCCAAAAUUUCGGAAGAUGAUUACAAAGCAAGUUUAAAAGAGUUGACUUCAACGUUUAAGGUGAAAAAUUCUUCUCUCUUGCUGAAAUCUGGAAUUGUGAUUGGAAUUGUGAUUAUUUUCUUCUUCUUGGAGAGUAUUCCUCAACUGAAUCUCAGCAUAGGUUGGAUAGCAAUAUUAGGUGCCAUUUGCUUGCUCGUUCUGGCAGAUUUUGAUGAACUUGAAAGUGUUUUGAACAGGGUUGAGUGGUCAACACUUUUGUUCUUUGCAGCUCUUUUCGUAGUGAUGGAGGCGCUGUCAAGACUUGAGUUAGUAUGGUACAUUGUCAACAUGACUCAAGAUGCUAUUAACGCCGUAGAAGAGGAACACCGUCUGCUAGUGGCUGUCGUUCUUGUGCUUUGGAUAUCAGCAUUAUCUUCGAGCAUUAUUGAUAAUAUUCCAUUUACAACAGUCAUGAUCCAAGUCGUAACCGAUAUAGCUAACAAUGCGGAAAUGAAAUUACCACUUCAACCACUUGUAUAUGCGUUAGCAUUAGGAGCUUGCCUAGGAGGUAAUUUAUUUCUCUGUGCAACAGUUUAA